AAAUUCACAACCAAUUUCACAAAAUUAAUUAAUAGUUUGAAAAAACCGCAACUCUUUGAAAUUGUUCAAAAAUGGCAAGAGUUAAUGUGAGUUUAGUUUUGUUUCUGACCAUGAUGGUUGCAUCGAUGCAGUAUCAUGGCACGAUGGCCCAAACCAGGCAUGUCGUUGGCGAUGCUUUGGGAUGGACCAUACCACCUGGUGGUGCUGCGGCUUACACAACUUGGGCAUCCCUUCAGACAUUCACCGUUGGUGACAUUCUUGUUUUUGACUUCACCAACGGUGUACAUGAUGUUGCAGAAGUUUCUUCUGCAGCAUAUGGCCCGUGCACGGCCACCAAUCCAAUCUCUCUUGAAACCACUAGCCCUGCAUCACUAACCUUGACCACUGCUGGUCCACACUAUUACAUAUGCACCUUUUCAGGUCAUUGCCAAGCUGGUCAGCAGUUAGCCAUUAACGUCUCUGCCUCUUCAACCACCAUGCCUCCAUCAACAACGCCUACAACACCCAUGUCUCCACCAGUAACCACCACCCCAACUCCUCCAUCUGCAGCCACACCUAUGACACCCCCGGUUGAACCCUGUCCUCCCACGUCGUCUCCAAGCUCUAGCCCAUCAUUGCCACCAACUAUCAGCACCACUAGCAUGCCUCCUCCACCAAUGGUUAUUAGCGGAGCUUCUUCUUUCCCUGCCGUGAUACGUGCCACUCUUUUGACCAUUGGCUUAGCGUUCAUGAACCUUUAGUUAAAUUUGUGAACUGAGAGAUUACACUUUACAGUUUUAUAUAUUAUGUUCAUUUGCGUGGUUUUUUCAUGUAAUGUUUUUGUUUUUCUUCCAUAUUUGAUUAUUUGCAUCUAGUAUUACUGGAUGUGUAUCUGUAAUUUAUUUUUUAUUGUGUGUCUAUUUUUGAGAUGUAUUUUCGUGAUCACAUAGUUCAUAUUUAGUUACAUAUUUGUUAUGAUUGAAUUUAUAUUUACAUACUUUAUGGCA